AGUAAGCAAUUGAGAGAGGAGAGAGGAGAGAGGAGAGAGGAUGGAUGAAGGGGGGGCACUUGACUACUUUUUUAUGUUGCACGCAUCCAUGGCAGAAAACACAAGCCAGACAGAUUACUGCUCCUUCAACGACUAGACGAGAGAGGAUCAAACACCAAGAGCCAUUCAUCCGUUUCUCCAACAUACAACACCAUUUUCCUUCUCUACCUUAGCAGGAUUGAUUGCUCUCUCCCAGUAUAUACAUUCACAUUCAUGCAUGUAUAUAUUCUCCAUUUCUCUGCAUUUCUCCAAGCUGUGUAGGCUGUAAUUUGAUAGAUGAAGGGGAUGCCCUUGCCCUUUGAUUUUCAGGGGAAGGGGGUGUUCGACUUCGAUUUUUUAGUGAAAAACACAGAUUUCAUCAAAAAAGACUGUUUCAGCUUCGGCGAGCCUACAUCUGUGCUGGAUUCUGCCAGAAUUACAUCCUCUUCAACUCUGUCUUCAUCUCUCGGUGGUGGUGCUGCUGCUUCUACCGACACGGCCGGCGUGGCGGCUGUUUCGGACGCGAAAUGGCAGCAAGACUCCACCACUGCAACCAGCUCCAAUGCAACUUACUCCGACCUCCUCCCCGUUCUGCCGUCUCUAGAGAUCGGAGGCGGCGGCAACCCGGAUAAAGUUGCUAUGGAGGAUUGGGAGAGCGUGCUGUCGGAGUCUGCCGCUGUUUCGCCAAGCCAGGAACAGGCCUUCCUCCGCUGGGUCAUGGGUGAUGUGGACGAUCCUGCAAAGUCUCUCCAAAUUGCCCCCGCGGAGUUCGAUUUCGGUGGCGGAUUCGGUGUGGUGGAUCAAGGGUUCGGCGGGGAGCAAUUUGGGGGAAGCAGCUUCAUGCCCUCGCUCCCAAUUUUCCCAAGUUCCAACAGAUCCAGUGUUGAGAAGAUUGGUUUGGCUCCCAAUCCCAUCCCUUCAAACCCUAAUUUCAAAUUUCCCCCAAAUUUGAUUCAUUCAUCUUCAGUUCCUAACAGUCUCGGGGCAGUAACUCUUCAUCAUCCGGCUGCAUUUGAUUCCUCCGCAGAAAUGAGACCUCCCAUUUUCAACCAGCAUCAGCCCUCCUUCUUCCCGCUGCCGUUCAAUCAACAGCAAGAGCAGAGCCUCUUCGGGCCUCCUCAGGCCAAGCGCCACAACCCCAGAUGGCCCGCUGACGAGCCCGGUGCCCUGAUCUCGGACACCGGGCAGUUUCCUCAUUACCUGCAGCAGCAGAAGCCCAAAAUGGAGGAAUUAGCGCAGCAGCAGGCCGUAGUCGACCAGCUCUUCAAGGCUGCGGAGCUUGUCCAGACAGGAAAUCCAGUACUCGCGCAAGGGAUAUUGGCGCGGCUCAAUCACCAGCUCUCCCCCACUGGUAAGCCUUUCAAUAGGGCUGCCUUUUAUUGCAAGGAGGCUUUGCAAAUGCUCCUCCACACUAAUGUCAACAACUCUUCUUCCACGCCUUUUAGCCUCGUUUUCAAGAUUGGUGCUUACAAAUCUUUCUCUGAGAUCUCCCCUCUUUUCCAAUUUGCCAACUUCACCUGCAAUCAAGCCAUUCUUGAAGCUCUCCAAGGCUUUGAUAGGAUUCAUAUUGUUGAUUUCGACAUUGGCUAUGGCAGCCAGUGGGCGUCUCUUAUGCAGGAGGUUGCACUUCGUGGCGGAGGCGCACCCUCCUUCAAAAUUACUGCCCUUGCUUCUACUUCUUCCACCUAUGAUCAGCUUGAGCUCGGUCUCACACGGGAGAAUCUCAUCCAGUUUGCUAGCGAGAUUAACAUUGCAUUCGAGUUUGAGGCUAUUAGUAUUGAUUCCUUGAAUUCUGCUUCAUGGUCUUUGCCUUUCCACGUGCCAGAGAACGAGGCGAUUGCAGUGAAUCUCCCUGUCUGCUCUCUUGCCAAUCACCAGUUCUCGGUGCCACUAAUCAUGCGCUUUGUCAAGCAGCUCUCACCGAGGAUUGUGGUUUCUGUCGACAGAGGGUGUGAUAGGACUGAUCUUCCGUUCGCCAACCAUGUAGUCCACACCCUCCAGUCUUACUCUAACCUGCUCGAGUCUCUUGAUGCCGUCAAUGUGAAUAUGGACGCCCUGCUGAAGAUUGAGAGGUUCUUGCUCCAACCGGCCAUUGAGAAGAUUGUGAUGGGCCGUCAUCGCUCACCUGAGAAGACGCAGCAUUGGAGGUCUCUCUUUUUGUCUUCAGGGUUCUCCUCGAUAACGUUUAGCAACUUCACAGAAUCACAAGCGGAGUGCGUGAUAAAGAGGACUCCAGUUCGAGGUUUUCAGGUCGAGAAGAGGCAGUCUUCUCUCGUUCUAUGCUGGCAAAGGAAGGAACUGGUCUCUGCUACGGCUUGGAGAUACUGAAGCAUGUGGAAUUCUUCUAGAAGGUGCUAUGAAAUUUCACAAACUCAACUACUGCCUAAGAAAUUCUAUGAAUAUUCAUCAUGCCUGAGUUUCUUCAAUGAUUCGGGCGGAUUUGUUUCCAACUUUCAAAUGAAUUAGACACAUUUUAGCACUGGAUUUUCUAGUAUAGUUUAAUCUUAUUCGAUGUUGUAUGUUCUUACUACUCUCUUGGUGCUGCCUUGCUUUUCUGCUUCAAGGCAGAUUUAUUGUGUUUGUAACCAUACAUUGGUAGUAUUCCUAAACCAGGAAUGGGAAUUAAAAAAAUGAAAAAAACAAAUGAAUUUAACCCUUU